CACAUAUUUGUUAUCCUUGCUUGAAAUUUGGGUAGUAGCUGAGCUCCGAGGCACUUCUGCAGACGAUCCCUAGUCCAAAUGGCACGAGCACUGCUCGCUGCCCUGCUGGCCUUGGCUAUAGCUGGGGCCAGUGCUAAGAUCCACCAUAGCGUAGUUGAUACCGAUGACCGGCAUUUAGUUCCUCUGACGGACGCGUUUGGUUUUGCCCAGACGGGCGGCAAAAUGGACAUUACUCUCCGCGACAUUAAGCUCUAUCGGCUUCAAAAUCAGGCUGAACCAGAGGACUACAACUGGGAGAACUUCGGCUUUUUCCUAUCUAGGGCAGAUGCGGAUAUGGCGCUGGAGCAGGAGCUUGCAGACCCCUCCAAAUGCAUCCUAAGGGACAUUAGCAACCUCUUUACCUUCAAGGAUUCGUCGGUGCAGAACGUUAUUAACAAGAAGGCGGACCAUUUCACCGUUCACUUUGAAGUCGAGGAUGCUGGCCUCUUUUACCUAUACUUCGCAAACUGCGAGGUGGAUACGCCCGUAUCCUUUGAUAGCACAAUUGAGAUGUAUAAUGUGGACUCUCAUGGCCACAAGGAUUACCUGUCUGUUGGCGACACCUCGCUGGACACGGUGUACUUCACCAUGUUUGGCGUGUUUGCCGCCUGCACCGCCGCCUGGGCCACCUGGGUGUACCGCAACAAGCAGCACGCACACAAGGUGCACUACUUUAUGUUUGCGCUGGGCUGCUUCAAGGCGCUCACGCUGCUCUCCCAGGCGCUCAUGAUGUACUACAUCGAGCAUACCGGCUCGGCCGAUGGCUGGAACUUCGCCUACUAUGUCU